AUGGCCAACACUGCAAUUACCCAGAAUAACAAGGUCAAGACAUUGAGCCAGGUAGGAGACCUGAUUCAAUUGUCUCGAUAUGAAGAGUUUCCCAGUCAAGAUAAGCUUCAAUUAGGAGCUAAUCCUGUGGAGCGUCAACUAGAGGUUCAGGCAAUCAACAAGCGUAUGUUUUUGGAGUGCUUUUUCACAAUCAAUCAUUUUUUAGAUACCAAGAGCCCAUUUUACAUUAGUCGAGUAUUCUCUGACUCGAUACAUAUUUGGGACAAUAUACAGCUUUCUGGUUUAUCUCUUAAAUCAUUCACUAUCAACCUUUACGCCAAAAUAGAUAUGGAGUGGAAAUUGCUAUUACGAUAUAAUGUGAAACUCUCAUUUUUGGUCAAUCUUGGUAGCGAUUUCGAGGUCAUAGAAUCCAAGUUGAGGAACGAACCAAAUUUGCUGCUUCUCAAGUUAAAUGAUGACUGUUACUAUGUACAGUCAAGCACAUAUUUGCCUAGAGAAGUGAUCAAAGACUUGGAGGUCUAUCAUUCUAACAAAAGUGCUGGGAGUUACCUUCGUGAAGAGCCAACCUGCACUUUUGAUCAGAUUAUGAAGCUGAAUAAUUUGACUGUCUGCUUGGUGGAUCUGCUUUCCUCUAAGAAAGUUCUCACCGAUAAAAUUGAAUCACUAUUGAGAGACUCCUUGCCCCCGAAGAGCAGUCCAGUGGUCAUCAAUUGUCUGAAAAUGCUCAUUGAUAGUCAAAAAUUGAGCAAUAAACUUCUCAAGCAGCAAAUUUCUCGUCUUACCGACAUUCAGCACGCAAAGGAAUGUAAAACACGUCACGGAUUAUUGACAGAGUAUAAGCGCGAAGAUUAUGCUCACUACUUAUUGGACCUAGAGUCCAUAAUAUUGCGAAUAUCGAAAGAAAAGUCCAGAAUAGCCAAUACACUCUUAACAAUUUUUCCUAUAGCAAUAUCUGAUAACCUCGAGUUCUCGCUCUUUGGGUACAAGCUCCCACAAAGCUUGAACUAUCUGAAAAUGACUCGCAUCGAAAUAGAGAAAACCAAUUCACUACUUGGUAUAGUGGUUCUCCUUGUGAUCAAAUUGUCAAACUAUCUGAACGUACCUUUGAGAUAUCCACUCAAGUUUUUUGGCUCUAAUUCAUACAUUACGGAUCCAGUCUCUAAAAUGCAAACUAAGCUUCGUGUUUACCCUCUAUUUGUUGUUCAAAAUAGUAACCUGGCUAUCCGGUUUGAAUUUGGAUUAUCACUACUAUUAAAGAAUCUACAGCAAAUUUUCGAAUCAGAAAAUCUUACCAAGCUUGAUGACCACGACUUACUUGCUAACUUGAAGGUAUUGCUGACAUGUAUAGCAACAGAUGAUGGACUGGGACUCAAUGAUUAUUUGGUGACAAAAGACGAAGUCAAUACAAUCAAGCUCAGCCUGUUGAAAAAUUGA